CGCGUGCUAGCUUCCUCCAAGAUUUGGGGAUCUUUAGGCGUCUCGUCGCGAGCUCUCUCGAUCGCUCCGCGCUCCCGCGGUUAGUGAUUCCGGAGGCCGGCGGAUCUGGCGGCGGGGGCCUGGGGGAAAUUUUUGGUGCCCGGAUUUGAAGCGAUCUGUUCUUGAUUUCGCGUUCGUGUCUGCUGAGGAGUCGGGCUUCCACAUAAGGACCAACAAGAGAAACCUUAAUCUGUUCGGUGCCAGUCAAACCUCAACAACAAAGUUUCAUGUCUGAUCUCGACGUUACUCUGCCAUCUGCCUUCGAUCCUUUUGCUGAGGCAAAUGCUGAGGAUGCUGGUGCAGGCCCCGGCGCAAAAGAUUAUGUGCAUGUGCGCAUCCAGCAGCGCAACGGCAGGAAGAGUCUGACCACUGUCCAGGGCCUGAAGAAGGAGUUCAGCUACAACAAGAUCCUCAAGGAUCUCAAGAAGGAAUUCUGCUGCAAUGGCACAGUAGUCCAGGAUCCGGAGCUAGGCCAGGUCAUUCAGCUUCAGGGUGAUCAGCGUAAGAAUGUUGCUACUUUCCUAGUCCAGGCUGGGAUUGCGAAGAAGGAGCUCAUCAAGAUCCACGGCUUCUAAGCCUUAGCCGCCUCCGAUAAAUGCUCGAACCGCCAGCCAGUUCUUCUCUAUAUUGAAGACAUAAGGCAUAUAUACUGCCGCCCGCUUGUUGAACCGUGUCUUGCUUGAUGCAAGUUGUGUUGUCACCUGAUUACUAUGCUGCUGCAGUACCAGCAUAUCAGUAUGGUUUGUCUAAGAUGUUGCCGACUAAAUAAAAAUCUGUAUCGUUUGGCUA